AUGGGAUUUGCCUUUAAGGAGGUUGUGGCAUCUACACAAGAAAGUACUAUAAAAACUCCAAACCCUUUAACUUCACUCUAUGCGGAGGAAAAAAACAGAAAUGGUUCACGGACCAACACAAAGCGGUUGAACUCAUCAACAGAACAAUUGCCAUCUUCGUGUGAGAGUACGUCGUUAAACCAGUUUCCCCGUCAAUUAGUAGGAGUCUUAUGGAAUCAACUCUUCCCAUCACUUAUUGCGCCUUUUCUUCUCCCGCGUGAUGUGGCGCAGGUGGCUCUCGUUUCGCGCACAUUAUACCACGUAACACAGAGACCAGAAACAUGGAAACAUAUGGCGGUAGUGUUUUUCGACAUUACCCCCGAUGCGGCGGAAUCAUUGGAGGAGUUAUUUUGGAAAUUAUACCGUACAGAGAUGAGUUUUCGCGAAUCUGGCUGCAAUAAGAGUAAUAGUUUAGGUGAAAGUCGUGUACAAACAGUAAGUGUGCGAAGGACGGAAUCACCAUCAAAACUUUCAUUCACUAAUGAAAAAAUUUGGAUGCUUGAGGGAAAAGCAAUACACACAACACCCUGUACUCCUUUUUCAAGAUCGGAUACUUAUACAACCGUGGAACGCCACUGGGAUUAUCAAGAGGUCUCCGCACUGGAAGAAGAAAAGGAAGAAGAAGGACAAGAAGAAGAAAUGUUAUCCCUUCAAGAACUAUAUCAGGAACAUGAACAGCAGUUUGAGAAACCAGAUGGGUUUCUUUUACCAAACUUCUGCCCUGUUGAUUCACACUUGGUGGAUUCAUUUGUAGUCAGGAAUGAUAUCAGUCAACUACAAGGGAGUAUUAACAAUAUUGAGGAUAGUAUUGUGUUGUGUAAUGAUAUUCAAAGAGCGAAUGAAUGGAGUACACAUGACUCACCGCUACCAAUCCAGCCGCAAUCUUUACCGCACCACUAUGAACGACAUGAUGUGGAAGAACUAUCUUAUAACUCUGCUGAUGAAAUAUGCAGAAAUUCUCCAUUGCGGCAUUGUGAAGGAUGUAGUCCUCUUAUACAAUUAUCACGUCGUCAUUUUUUGGAUGUUAACACUAAUGACUCCCUUUUACUUGAGGCUUUACACUGCUGGACCUCUGUAGAAGUUGAAGCUCUUAUGGGGAGUGAAAGUGAUUUAAAGUAUGAGGAACUUUUAGUUUGUGCGGCCACUAUGAACCGAACGGCACAACAGAGUCAUGAACCUUUUCCAUGGAAGGCGUAUUACAAAACACUCUACGAGAGACGUGUGGGUUCUUUUCUACGUUCUCUCAGAUGUAUGCGUGAUUUGUCGCAACGUGCGCUUUCUCUUGGAGAUGUACAUGCAGCUGUAGAACAUCUCACUUCGGCCGUUAAUACUAUUUAUCAAGGGGGUUGUUCAAUGAGUGGACGGGGUACAGGAACUGUGGUGUGUAUGGAAUUAUGCCGUACAUUACGACUACGUGCUCAUUUGUACCAUCGACUAGGAGAGAUGGAAUCUGCAUAUAGUGAUUUCUGCUUAGCAAAUUUACUUGAUCAUAAUAAUAAUAGUAUUAAUAAUAAUAAAAUUGGGGAUGAGAAUGAGGUAACGUUAUUUCCUUUUACUCCAGAAAUGGUUCCUAAUGGUGACUUUAACUGUUUAUCAUCAUGUUUAGAGUUUGAGUACUCGCAGAUGUCCGUGCAGAAGGAUGUAUUUCAUCGAGCUGCCUUUUUACAGAGAUGGUUACAUCAUCAUGGAGCCUCCGUAUUCUUAUACUUGCAGCAAUACAUGAUAUGUGAUGAUUUAAAAAUUGGAGCGCCUCAUUUACUGCAACGAGCAGCGGAGUGUGCAACGACGUAUGAACAUGUUCUCGUACAGGCAUGGAAGUCGUAUGAUCGCGGACAAACAGAGUCUGCGGUGAGUGAGGCUGAACUCGCUGUUUCUAUGCUGCCGCUUUCCUUCCGUCUGCACGCGGAACAGGUUUCGGCGGCCCUUCAGCCGCUUCUCGCCGACCCCGUCGAGGAGGAACUUCUCCGCUUCUUCCGCACCAACCCCGAAUCCCAAUCACAAUCGCAAUGGCAACUCCCAUCGCAACAUCAAUCACAAUCCCCCACCGCCGCCUUUGCAUAUUAUACGCUUGGAUUUAUGGCCCAAACUGUUCCCGGCGUGGGCUCCGCGGCCCUCUUGUCGUUUCUCGCCCUCAGUCACUCCGACACCCACCGCGCCGUUGCGCUGCGCCUGUUGGCACACGACCACGCAGAGAGAGGCAACACCGGCAGCGCCGUGUCUCUGCUGCGCAUCGCCCUCCAACUCAGUCCCAACACUUAUUCCCUCUACAGUCAUCUCGCACGACAGCAGAUGUUGGCAGGCGACAAACUCGCAGCGUACACCACACUCAGCAGGGCCAUUGAGAAAUGUCGCCCCAUACCGGCAGAAGCGUUUGCGGAGCGGAGUCGCUGUCGGCUUCUGGAUCCACUGCUGGAUGUGAACGAGGCAACAUGUAGGGAUCCACGGAUGUCGUACCCUUAUCAAAUACGCGCAGCUAUGAAAAUGGACCAGGGCGACAGUGAGGCCGCCAUCACGGAAAUAAGUCGUAUUAUUUCACUCACAUCAAAUCCAAACGAUAUAUUGUUACGUUCGUGCUUUAGGCUUGAUUCCGGUAGGCAGGAAGGAGUUCUUGAGGAUCUUGUCAUGUUGGUAUUGCUCGCACCACAGCAAGAAAGUUAUCGCGAGUGGCUUCUCCGCUCUGCAGAAUUUUUCUCUGGAAGUGAGAGCAAUAAUGACACAAAUGUUAACAUUCUUACCAGAGGGAGCAACAGUAACGAGUAUAGCAGUGACGAGGUUAAGGGUGCUGUGCGCAGAAAUGCCGCAGGUCUUAAAGCCCUCUUAUCUGCACUCGGUCUGUAG